UGUAUUUCGAAUACAAUUGAUACAUUUUAUACCUGUUUUAUACGUUAUACAAUGUAAAGGAGUUAUUUAAAAUUUGAUAAAAGUAUGGGAAACAAUGCAUUGUUGAUUUUAAUUUGUACGGCGUGCCGCUAGAGGGUGCUAACGUCAUGACAACACAAACUGCGACUGAGUUGCCUCUAUGUAUAUUAUACUUCGUUUCUGUGCGUAUUCAACAUAAUACAGUGGUAUACAGGUUAUAUGGACAAAAAGACUAAAUGUAAAAUACUUUUGUUACUUAAAAGAAAAUCUUCACGAGCACAAUGUCCAAACGCAAACAUAAUAUAUCGUACAUAAAACCAGAGGAACCCAAAUUUCUACGGGAAAUGAAAGAGCGAAUUGGUUACAAGGAAGGUCCAACCAUCGAGACUAAGAGAGAAGCGCUGCCAGAAGAUUCAGAUGACGAAGAACAAAUUAGAAAAGAAGAAGAACCCACCGUUGUUGUACUGAAUAGCGGUGAUCUAACAGCAGAAGAGGCUGACACUUUUAAACAUGAAAAGGAGCAAGAAGAGGCUAAUGCUCCAGCAGACCUAAACAAACGCAUUAUAUUUCGUAAAAAUAAAACUUCAACCGCGGAUAUUGACCCACCAAGUGCAAAUGGUUCAUCUGCAAAGAAAAGUAAAAAGACAAAACAAAAGAAAACCGUACUUUCCUUUGACGAAGAAGAAGAUUCAGAAGACUAACUCAUAUUUUUAAAAGUAAUGUACAUAUAUUUAACAAGUCAGAUUAUAGAGUAGUAACAAUUACACAACAAACACAAUAUUACAUUUUAUAUUGUAUUUGCUGGAAUUCUAUUUUUUACUGUAAAUACGACUUAUGUUAGUGAACGCCAUUUAUGAGUCUAAGUAAAUUUAAUUUGCCAUCCCAGAAAGCACAACCUCUAAUAGUUACAUUUUAAUUACAUGAAUUGUAUGUUGUUUUACAGCUAUCUAAAAGUUACAUAAAUGUGACAAAAGUACAAAUGAUGUAAUUCAGUUAGGAAUUGUAGAACUGAUAUAUAUUUUAUUACAAAACAGAAAUCAGUACAAACA